AUGGUCAUUUUUGUCUUUUCCAUAGGGUCAGGAGCCAUGAACAUAUCAGGAGGAAACAGAGUGACUGACUUCAUCCUCCUGAGUUUUCCCUGCCCCAGGGAGAUACAGAUCCUCCUCUUUGGAGUGUUCUCUCUGACCUAUGCCCUGACCCUGACAGGGAAUGGGUCUAUCAUCUGUGCAGUGAGGUUGGAUCACCAGCUCCACAGCCCCAUGUACCUCCUGCUGGCCAACUUCUCCUUCUUGGAAAUCUGCUACAUUAACACCACAGUUCCUAAUAUGCUGGCCAAUUUCCUCUCUGAGACCAAGACCAUCUCCUUCACUGCCUGCUUCCUCCAGUUCUACUUCUUCUUUUCCACAGGUGCCACUGAGACCUUCUUUCUAUCCCUCAUGGCUUUUGAUAGGUACCUGGCCAUUUGUCAGCCUCUGCACUAUCCCACAAUCAUGACAGGACAUUUUUGCAUCAAACUAGUAUUCCUCUGCUGGGUGAGUGGCUUCCUCUACUUUCCAGUCCCUAUUUGUUUCAUGACUCAAUUACCUUUCUGUGGUCCAAAUAUUAUUGAUCAUUUUGUCUGUGACCCAGGACCCCUGCUGGCUCUGUCUUGUGCCCCUGCCCCAGGGAUUGAACUGUCCUAUUCUAUUCUCAAUUGUCUCCUCCUCUUUGUCACUUUCCCUUUUAUCCUGGGAUCCUACACUCUAGUAUUCAGAGCUGUCUUGAAAGUUCCUUCAGCAGCUGGCCGGAAGAAGGCCCUCUCCACAUGUGGCUCCCACCUGAUUGUGGUCUCUCUGUUCUAUGGGACCCUCAUGAUCAUGUAUAUCAGCCCCAACUCUGGAAAUGCGGCUGGUUCACAGAAAAUUUUCACUUUAUUUUACUCAGUAGUGACUCCACUGGUGAAUCCCCUGAUCUACAGCCUGCGUAAUAAGGAAAUGAAGACUGCUCUAAAAAAAGUCCAGAUGAGAAUAAAAAGCAUCCACAGAAGAUGA